CUGUGUUUGGAUAGAUAAUGAGUGAUUUGCUGAUUCAAAUUGGCGAAAUAUAACGGCCUGAUUGUCCUGGAAAGCCAAUUAUCAUUUCAACAAAUUUCGUAGCUCACAAGUAGUGACAAGAAUCAAGACUAUCGUGAACUCAUCUACGUGCUUGUGUUCGAUCGGUCUCAAGGGUAGAUCGCAUUGUACGUCGUCUCCGUCUUCAGUUUUGCCCGGCCUUUCUUGUGUGAAGUCGUCAAAUUAGCAGUCGGAGUACGAAGCUUGGCAGACAGUUGGGUCUGGUGAGAUUGGCCCACGAUCAGGCAAAGAAGAGGUGAUCCAACUAUUUCUUCUUUUUGGGAAGUAGUUGACAUUGAACACGCUAUAAAUAGCAAUCCAACACGCAAAUACCUCUCCAAGUGUUCUUCUUAGGCUGUAAAAUGGACUAUAAGCUAAGUGUGUGUUCCAGAAACUAAUAGUGAACGACAUUGACAGAUGGAUGUUUGAGCUACGCGACAAGCCCUCUCCGCCUUGCGCCCUUGACCGUAUUCUGUCUACAAGUCCUGAAAUCAAUACUCGGAGCGAGGCGGACUUUCGACAGUCCAAAAAGCGCUCUGGAAGAGCUACUAAAAUAGCUAAUAUCCGGUAGUAACUGCCGGCAUUCACAAUCAAUUGUGACCAAAACUGAAUAAUCAGAAAGUCAUCCUCAAGAAAGAUGGCUGAUUAACCACAUCCCACUUAACAAGUGUCGGACUUCCAAACAAAGUGUGUUGAGUUAAUCCACAUCUGAAUUGAUCCUCCGGUGCAACAGUACGUCGUAUUCAAUUCAAGAUGGAAACUCGAUUGUGGAAGUUCUCCGUCCAUUGUCAGACUCUACCAGGAGAUGUGGUUUGUCUCACUGGGUCCUGUCCACAAUUAGGCUUGUGGAAAGCCGACAAGGUUGUGACCAUGACUAGACAAAGCUCAUCCGAUAAUGACACCGAUAGUGAUAAGCCGGAUGUUUGGUCGGUGGAAGUAGCCAUUCCGCUCGGAUCAGACGUCUAUUUCAGAUAUUGCGUGUGUAUUUGCGUGGAUUAUGAGCAUGAGCAAAGAGUUGUGAUAAAGAACUGGGAAACCCGCCUCAAGGCCAGGAAAAUUGGAUGCCAUGACAUACCAGAUCAAGACAGUAUUCACGAAUUUGGAUUCAUCAAUACCCAAGAAUCUCUAACUCAAUGCGGUUGGCUCACCAACGAGACUCUCGUGGAGUUGAAAUUGUACGAAAAACCGGUACAAAUAUGGAAAAAGAAGCACCAGAACAAGAAUCUGUUUGUGAAAAUUACUCCAGUGGACGUGAGAGAAGCAGGACAACCAUCCUUUUGUUCUGAUAUGGACGAGAGUAUUGAUAUUGCCGAAACUAGAUUCAAAGGCAAAGCAUGGCCUGUGAUCAAUGCUGCGAGUUUGGACGGUGACGAUUGUCGUUUUCACCCUCAAAAUCAGUUUGGAAUUGAAGUCAAAGAAAAUGGAUUUGUGUCCUUCCAAGCACAAAUGUUUGACAUGCACACAGUCGCGUUCCUUGUGGAUAUCUUUGCCCGAUCGGAUCCCGAAAAAGAGCUGAGAGAUACUCUGCCAGCUGAACACUUGGGCUCAUGCUACGUCUUGCCCAAUCAUUUCAAGUCCACCGAAGGCCGAGUUGAGCAACCCAUAGUUUCCAAAGGGUUUCAGCCCAUUGGCCAAUUCUCGGCCACAUAUCUGAUUAUCAAGCCCUUGAAGGACGCUCCGUGUGAUUUUGCCAUUUCCUACGCCCAACAUUGGAAAUCGAAUUGGAAGCGCUUGGACGUCGGACACAGAGGAUUGGGCAAUUCCUAUUCUGAAACACAGUAUUGCUCAAACAUCUGCGAGAACACAAUCGCCUCGCUGAAGGACUCCGUGGCUCAUGGAGCUGAUAUGGUGGAGUUCGAUGUGCAAUUGUCGAAGGAUUUGGUUCCUGUGAUUUAUCACAAUUUUGAGCUCUGUACUGUAAUCUCCACAAAGAAAGGAGGCCAAGAAGUUUCGGUGACGAUGCCCGUGAAGAAUCUGACCUUGGAACAACUCCAGCAGUUGAAGACCCAUCAUGUGGAAGAGCUGAAAGGUGGGCGGAAGAAUUUCUCAGAGGAUCACGAGGAUCAUGAGCCCUUUCCAAGCUUGGAGCGGGCUCUGAAGGAGAUUAAUCCUCACGCCGGAUUCAACGUGGAGAUCAAAUGGGAUAUGGAAUUUCCGGAUGGCUCUCGCGAGUGCCACAAUCCAUUUGAAAUGAAUCUUUUCAUUGAUGUCGUGUUGCGGAAGGUGCUUGAAUGUGGUGAUGAGCGCAAGAUUGUGUUCUCCUCCUUCAAUCCAGAUGUCUGUACCACGAUCCGGUGCAAGCAAAAUAAGUAUCCAGUAUUAUUCCUCACCCAGGGAGUGAAUAGCAAGUACGCCAACUACCGCGAUCCAAGGACGUGGAAUAUCCCAAAUGCCUCAAAGUUUGUGGAAAUGGCCGAGAUUCUUGGGAUCAACGCUAUGGCUGAAGAUUUGCUGAGAGAUCCUGGACAAGUAGAAACAGUAAAAAAGAGGAGACAAGUCCUCUUUUGUUGGACUGAUGAUAAGAACGACAAGGAUACAUUGAAUUGUCUCAAAAAAAUGGACUUAGAUGGCAUCGUCUACGACAGGAUGGAUAUGAAUAAUUCGAAAUUGGUGAAAGAAAGUAUUUUCAUGAUGGACAAGCGCUUUGAAAGUAACGAGGAUGAAGACUUUCCCGUACAUAUCCACCAACAAACGUCUCCCACACAUUCAUCUUGCUCCUGUACUUCAGGUGCUAAAGAAAACGCCUUGCCUAGUCCCAGUUCUCUAAUUGUAUCUGAAUUCACUCCUGCGUCAUCUGCGGAAGAAAUUACACCCAAAGUGGAUAUGGAAGAGGAUGGGGAAAAUUGCAAGAGUGCCUUCAUCUCCAAAGCUUCCGCGCUCUGCAUUUGAAACUGAAGACACCCAAAUUUAUGCUUAUGCCUUGCGUAGAUGCUCAAUUCGGGCAAAAUUACUGAUAGUCGACUCAAUAUGAAAAGAAAAAAGAGCACUGAUUGAUUCCACCUGAAUCCAUGGUCAUACAUAGUGAAAAAUUCCGGUUCCUCUUAACAAUAGCAAUGAUUAGAUGAUCAUGAGCUUAGUAAAACCCAACGUUUCAUAUCUUAGA